UUUGGGAAACUUGAGUAACUAUCUUUUAGUGCUUCAACUUCAGAAGAACAACUUUUACGGCAACAUUCCUAACACAUUUGAAAAGGGUUGUAGCUUGGAGAGUUUAGGUUUAAUGGUAAUACCUUGAUGGGGCCAACACCACAAUCCUUGAUCAAUUGUGGAGCUCUGAAAAUUUUGGAUCUUGGAAACAACAAGAUAAGUGGUACAUUUCCGUACUGGUUGGAAAAUCUUCCUUUACUGCAAGUUCUUAUUUUACGAUCUAAUCGAUUUCAUGGACCCAUAGCUACUUCCAUGACUCAGUUUCCCCUCAUUAGUAUGCGUGUCUUUGACAUUUCAUAUAAUGAUUUCAAUGGACCGUUGCCUGCAAAAUACUUCAAAAGUUUUAAGGCUAUGAUGAAUAUUGAUGAAGGCGAAUCCAAGCUAGAAUACAUGAGAAGUGAAUAUAUCCACCGUUACUAUUGUUAUGAUUCCUACAUUGUCACAAUCAAAGGAUCAACGAUUGAAAUGGGGAGAGCUCUGACCAUCUUGACAAUUAUCGAUUUAUCGAGGAACAACUUCGAAGGGGAGAUUCCUGAGUUUAUCGGAAAUCUAAAUUCACUUCGUGGCCUGAACUUAUCUCAUAACAAGCUUACGGGUCAUAUCCCAGCAUCCCUUGGGGAUAUGAGGAUGCUUGAAGGGCUAGACCUCUCUUCAAACAAGCUUGUUGGGGAGAUUCCUCGACACCUAACAGCUUUGCUGUCUCUUGCUGUACUACACCUUUCGAACAACCAACUAACAGGACCCAUACCUCAAGGCAACCAAUUCAACACAUUUCCAGAGGAUUCAUAUGCUGGCAAUUCUGGGUUGUGUGGAUUUCCAUUGUUAAACAAAUGCAGCAACUACGAGGCACCACCACCUCCGCCGCUGAUAUUUCAAGAAGACGAUUCUUUGGAGUUCCGAUUUGAUUGGAAAGUGAUGUUCAUGGGGUAUGGAUGUGGAUUUAUAUUUGGGAUUUCUAUGGGAUACAUUAUGUUCUCAAUUGGAAAGCCUAAGUGGAUUGUAAGGGUCGUUGAAAAUCAAGGACACAAAAAUAAGACGACAAGGAGGUGUGCUCAUAGUCACAAAAGUGGAGGGAAGUAGCUAAUGAAAACACCAUUUUUAGGUACGUGUCGUGAACAUUGCUAGCUUUGCCAAUUGAAUUAUACAUUUGAUAAUUGUAGUUCUAUAGUUUUGUGUUCAGUUUCGGUCGUCUAUGGAUGUUAUUUGAUGCAGCACGCAUGACAGAGAAGUACAUGACAGAGAGAAUUUUGAAAGCAGGGCUAUUAUUUCAUAGUUUCAAGCAUAUGUGUAAGGUAGUUUUGCGCCACUACGGUUUCUUGAUUAUGUUGGAUUUUUAUAAUAUUUUCAGAGAAAUCAUUAUUUUUUUGGUUUGUGUGCGAGGAAUUAGUAAAGUCAUUGCAAAAUAGAACCUAUUAUCUUUGCGAUAAGAAAUUGGUUUAAGCUUUCUACAUUAUGUGGGUUUAUUCAUUUACGUGCAUAUAAUAAAAUUAGCUGAGACAAAU